CGUACUCCAUUUCCUGGCAUGCACUACGGCAUUUCCCAUGUGCACCAUCAAUAGACUUCAUGUCCCAUAAUACCGCUGAAGAGCAUGCGCUCUACCUAUUUGGGACAGCUCCCCGGAUGGAACCUGACUAAGGUUGAAAGCGCGAGUCUGGCAGUGAGGUGGUGAGAAGACGAAUGUGAGGGCGUGGAUGAAGGAUGCAGACGAUUAAAUGUGUGGUUGUUGGGGAUGGUGCAGUGGGGAAGACUUGCCUGUUAAUUUCCUAUACAACAAAUGCCUUCCCAGAGGAAUAUAUACCCACUGUUUUUGAUAAUUAUAGUGCGCAGAUGACAGUAGAUGGACGCACAGUCAGCCUCAACUUGUGGGACACAGCAGGUCAGGAAGAGUAUGACCGCUUGCGCACACUCUCCUAUCCGCAGACCAAUGUUUUCAUCAUCUGCUUCUCCAUUGGAAGUCCAUCUUCACAAGCCAAUGUGCGACAUAAGUGGCAUCCAGAGGUGUCGCACCACUGUCCAAAUGUUCCAAUUCUUCUUGUGGGAACCAAACGGGAUCUGCGGAACGAUUCAGAAACCAUCAAGAAAUUGAAGGAGCAGAGUCUUGCACCCACUACAUUUCAGCAAGGGUCUUCACUGGCAAAACAGAUUGGUGCGGUGAAAUACUUGGAAUGCUCAGCUUUACUGCAAGAAGGUGUGCGAGAAGUGUUUGCAGAAGCUGUACGUGCUGUACUUUAUCCUGUAACUAAGAAGAAUCACAAGAAAUGCAUAUUGUUGUAGUUAGGUAGACUUAAUGGGCUCUGGAUCAGCUGUGCUAUGUCCAUGCUGGUGAUCAUUGUCAUUUCUUUCUCUUGAGUUCAUUAUUUUUUAUUUAAUUUACAUCAGGUUCAGAAGAGUCCACUUGCUUUUUCUGUUUUCUAUUAGUAAUAAAAAAGAAGCACUCAAUUUGCUGUCUUUCUCUGGAAUAUUUAAUGUUUUUGUUCCCAUUUUUGAAACCAUCUCCUUCAGUUUUCUGGACUUUGCCAUUGCUGAGCUAUGCAUUUUGUCCAUGUCAAAAGAAAUGACUACCCUUUGGGAAUUCAUGUUAUUUUGCCAAAAAGACAGAAACCCUGCACCUUUUGCUGGAAUUUACCAAAUCUCUGCAAAGAAAAAAAUGACUGACAUCAGUUUUUGUAAUAUUUAGGAAAAGUUGUGUUGACUGUAACAAAAGAAAGGCGUACGUGGAUCAGUACAAAAAUAUUUGCUUGAUAAGAUUACUUAAAUUGUUAGAAUGUUUAUUAAGCUUGAAAUAAUAGUCCCAGGCAUCUAAAUAUUACAAUAACAUGCUUACAUAAAAGUAUGGACUUACAGUAUUGGAACUGGCAUCCUUUUCAGUGCCUUAUAAUUCAGCUUAACAAUAUAAACCAUGAUUAUAAGACUUAACAUUUUAGUUUUAUCUUUUUUAGUCAACUUGAUAUUCCAAAAGUACUAUUGUUAAGUACUGAAUAUUUAUGAUACCAGUAAGAGUAUGGCAACAGUUGACUGCUUUGCUGACCAGUAACAAGCCAGUAUCUACUGUUGUAUAUCUCUUUUUUUUGCCAACAUUCCUUCAAACCUCCAUGGCGGAUCAGGAUUUUUUUACAUUAGACAGCCAUUGUUUCUUUUAUUGUGCAUCUUAUACUUGCCCAGCCACUUACCACCUCCAAACCUCUUCCUCCAGCCUGCACAUUGGCUUUGGGAUAUUUCCUAUACCUACCCACCCCCUUACUAUAGCAGUGAAACAUUCAUUUGGUAUUGUCUUUUAAAUUGAAAUUAGUCUGCAAGUUUAUUGAAUUAUAAACUGAAGUAUCAGUUUGGUAUUUUAUUAAAAUGUACACAACUUUUAUCUGACCUGAUUUUUUUUUUUUUUUUUUUAAAUUGCAUUUUUCAGUGAUUAAUCUUUUUUUCAAACCUCAGGGCUGAACUGUCAAUGUGUAACAUAUUCAUUAAUUUGACUGACUGGAUUACAGACCAAGGACUGAGAAACACUUUACUCUCACAAGUAUCAGCUUUGUUUUCAGGUUGUUUUUUUUUUGUUUUUUUUUUAUGUGUAUGCCAUUGCUAAAAAUGUCCACAGUGUCGUGAGUGGUGGCAUUAUAAUUUUGUUUUAUUAUAAUGCUUGAUAUUUGGUGAAUAAACAUUUUUACAAUGUUUAUUCACCAAUAAUCAGUUUUAGUUAUGUACCAAGAGCACUCAGUCACUGGAGCAGGAUAAAAGAAACAUAUAAUGGACCUGAGUGCUGGGCUUUGGCUCCUGAGUUCUCAGCAUUAACAUUCAUGUGCAUGCAUCUGAUGCAGUGUAGAAUGUAUAGAUUUUGCCCAUUAAAGGAAGUGUGUUUUUGUUUAACCAAUAGAUAACUGAAAAUUAGCAGGAUUACACAGUGCCUUUUCUAAAUAUGUCUUACCUUAUAUACAUAAUACUCAGAGUUGAUCAUAUUGUUUUCAUGCAGACUGAAGUAAUCCACUUUAUGUUCAACAAAUUAGGAAAGUGUUCUGUUGGUGCAGGAAAGGAAUUUGCAACUGUGGUCUUGCGAGAAGUGGAAUGGAUUGUGGUUAAACAAAUAAUGUAUAGAUUUUGAGUUAGUGUAGUGUUCCAGAAAAUAGGAGGGCAAUGUUACAAUAAAUAGUUCAGUCAAACUGUUGUAUCACAUGCAAAAUAACACAUUUUUUAAUAAAUUCAAAUUAGACUGUUACUUGUUCUGUAGAUUGUAAAAUUACACAUGGGGGAGAACAAAAAACUCACAAAGUUUGAGUCUACUUUGCAUGACCAUGAAAAUUGUAAUGCUGGAUUUCUUACUCUGUAGGUGCCUGAGUUACUGAGCCUUAAAGUUAUUUAUGGAAUUAAUAAACUGGUAAUUCUCAAUUUUUGUUUAAAUUUUAGUGUACAAUACAUAGUUUAGACAUGGCUGCACUAUACUUAUGUUCUUCUGUUUUUAUUUGGGCAAAAUAUUGAUAUUCGCCUGGUUUAAAUAAUUUGUGAUUAUACAUAUUAAUGUAACAGAAGUUAAUCAUUAUACAUUUCACUUGUCCUUUAACCAGGUUUUUUUUUUUUUUUUUUUUUUAAAUUAGCCACUUGACAGUUUUUUGACGUUUUACUUUGCAUUGAACCCACCCAUUUUCAAUAAUUAUUACAGUUGCACUUUUAGUUUUUACCAGGCAUUUUAUACAUUAUUUAUAUAACCAAGUUUAUUUUGGAGGUAAAAAAAUGAAAUAACUGCUUAUCCAAAGAAGCAGAUUUUUUUUUUCUUUUUUGUAUCAUUAUAGUCAGAAUUAAUUGAAAGUCAUUAUUUUUCAAUCUUUGUCCAGAGAACACUGAAUACUUAAAUUGUAUAAUUUGUGCAGUGGCACAUUGAGAUGGUGCUGAUUAUAAAUGACAUUGUUCAAACAAAGGAAUGUAUACUUUUUGUACUAAAGUAUUGUGUAAACUUUUAACGGUGUUACUUCAUCAUGCAAGCUGUUGUUCCAAACCUUGGUAUGGUUUUUAACGUUUAAAGUAAUAAAAGAAAGAAAGCAGGUCUGUUUACAAAAAAUUCUUGCUGGGCUUAAUCAUGUAAGCACAAAUAACAUAUUUUAAAAUUUACAUAUGACUUUAAUUUGAUCCAUCCGAACACAUCUGUUGUUUUAAUUCCGAAUGAUUUAUGUUAAAUUGAUUUUGAAGUCCAGGGUUACUUCUCAUGCUCUUUUGUAGCCAAAGAAAAAAAAAAUCUUUAUGAAUAUUUUAUUUCUUGUUAAAGUAAUAGUUUUCUUGUUUUCUCUGGGCCGGGUCAAUAAUUAUUGCUUCAUACAUUUAUGUACCUCACGUUUUUUUUUUUUUUUUUCUUUUUCAAAGGAUCAUGUGUCAAGUUUAGCAACAGAAUAGGCUGAGUGUCCUUGAUUGUAACAGAGUGCUUUUUGGUAAUCUGCACAAGAUGAAAACAACUAUUGUGGGAAGUGUAUUGGAUAAAAAGCACCCUCCCAGGCCUAGCUGUGUUUGUAAAUUGAGAGUACUGAUCAGAAAUGCCACAGGCCAUUUGUAAAGCAAGCCAUUAUAAUUGACAUGUAACUGACUUAACAUCGUGUUUUUUUUUGUUUUUUUUUUUUGUUUGUUUUUCUAUUUUUGUUGUGGUGUAUUGCAGAAAUGCUUCAUUGUUUUGCUUUGCCAGAAUAAGUAUGUUACAAUGUGUGUCAGGAGGUUACAAAAUAGGCUUGAUUUAAGAUCUUCCAAGCAGCUUUACUAAUAGCAUAAUUGAGAGUGUCUGCAUAAGAAUUGUGGAGACAUUAGCUGUUUACAUGGGAUAUACUGUGGAUAAAAGUAUGUUUUUAAAUUUGAGAACCCCAACAUUCUUUUUUUGUUUUUUUUUUUUGGGUGUAGCUUUAUAAAGGGAAGGUGGGUACAUAGAGCAGGGAGAGGUACUUCAAAACCUGCACUACUGUAUAGUUUGGAUUCUUAUAUAUUCAACUGCAAUACUGAGUGAGUGAAAGAGCACAUUUGUAUAAUAAAAAAAAAAAAAGUGGAUGAGAACUGAUACAUUACUGUAGAGUGCUGUCAAAUCGAAUUCGAGGCAAACCACAGCAAGUGCCUCAGAUCUGUGUGGUAUGAUAUCUGGUACUAAAUUUAUACACUGGCAAUUUGACAUGUAGUAUUUUUAACAAAUUAUUUGUAUAAGAGAACUAACCAUUAUUUUUAAAUUAUAAAUAAAUCUGUAAAUCUGUAGCAAA